UACAAACUCCCACACUUGCGGCUUUUCUCCAUCAGUGGUGCAGAGGCAGCCAUGGCGAUGGCGCUGAGGUCUCACCGAACUCUCAGCCGUAUCUGCCGCUCUCUCGCCGCAAUCUCACCUUCUUCUUCUUCUUCUUCUUCUUUCUCCUCUGGACAAUCCCCUGCUCCUCCGCCGCAGAAAUGGUCGCUGCUUCUCCACUCCCGCGCGUCCCGAUCAUCGCCGUUUCUCCAGUCUCGUCCAUUGAGCUCGUCGGCGUCCUUGGAGCCCAGCCACAAUUGGUCGUACGAGGAUUUUAAGCCUCGAGAGCUUGGCGUCGAUGAGAUCGAGGGUUGUGACUUCAACCACUGGCUCAUCGUCAUGGAUUUUCCCAAAGGCCCGAAACCUUCUCCAGAAGAAAUGGUCCGCUCUUUUGAAGAGACAUGUGCCAAGGCCUUGGACGUCAGUGAGGAAGAGGCAAAAAAGAAAAUUUAUGCGUGUAGCACAUCAAAUUACACAGGAUUUCAUGUGGAGGUUACAGAAGCAGAUUCAGAAAAGUUCAAUGGUCAACCUGGGGUUGUUUUUGUACUCCCAGAUUCUUACGUUGAUCCAGAAAAAAAGGAGUAUGGAGGGGACAAAUACAUUAAUGGAGUAAUCAUACCAAGACCACGCCCAACUCUUAAUGGGAGAUGCAAACGGGACCAGCCGAAGCAUGAUCAGCAAGGAGGACCAACGGCAGAUCAGCAGGGAAUUCUGUCAUACAGUCACGAGAGAACUACUCAGCGAGGUUUGAAGCCAAAUCAGCAGAGAAAUCCUUCAAACGGUCACCAGGGCCCUACUCUGCAAAGUUGUCCACCCAAACAGAAUAAUGGUUUACCAGGAGUUGAAGUAUAUGUGCCCCAAGAGAGUUAUGAUCGUCCAACAUUUGGAGAAAGAAGAGAUCCACAAAAUUAUUCGUUUGACCGAAAUUAUAAUCCUGUUGGACAAGGACAUAGAAGAGAUUUUGUGCCAACGGUAGCUCCUGGGGAGAGGAAUUUUUACCAGCAAGGAAAUGGAUAUCCGGGAAAUUACAAUCAAAUGGAGCCAGGGAAUAUUUAUGCUCGGGAACAAAGGGGAUCCCCACAGGGAGAUCAGAGGAACUAUGCGGCUCCUAGGCAGCAGGGGGGUUUUAUGGAGGAUUACCGAUACUAUGGCCCGCCACACAGUUCGCCUUACGGACAAGGAGUUGGCGGAUGUCAAGUCCAGGGCACUCCUGAAGAUUAUUGGCAUGGAGCAAAUUCUGAUAUUGUUGAGCAUGGAACAAGUUUUGGCUAUGGACAAGGUUAUCCUAGGCAUAUUCAAGGUCAAAGUUUCUCGCAACAUAUUCAAGGUCAAAGUUUCUCGCAACAGGAGCAAAGGAAUGUGCAAGGUGCAAGUUAUUAUCCCCAAGAACAGAGAGAAUUCGUACAGGGAUAUCAGAGAAACUAUGCCUAUGCACCUCCUCCUAGGUGUGAGAGGUGUUUUAGGGAAUAUUAUCCAAACUAUGGCCCGCCACAAGGAAUGCCUUACGGACACAGAAUAGGCGGAUAUCAAGUCCAAGGAGCUCCUGAAUCUUAUUGGCAAGGAACAAGUUUUGGCUAUGGGCAAGGUUAUCCCGGGCAUAUACAAGGUCAAGGUUUCCCUCAAGAACAGCCAAGGAAUAUGCAAGGAGAUCAUUACUAUUCUCAAGAACCGAGGGAAUUCCGUCAUGCAAACUAUGCACCUCCUAAGCGUCACGAGGGCUUUGGGGAAUAUCAAAAUUAUGGUCCAGGACAAGGUACACCUUCUGAACAAGGAUUGGGUGAAUAUCAAGGCCAUGGUACUCCUGUGGCUCAUUGGCAAGGACGGAAAUAUUGAGCUAUAGUGCAAACGAUAUUAAUGUGUUAUGGGAUAUGCAAUACUUGCCAUGAUUAGGGAUUUAGAAUUGUUAAGAUGAAAUGCAAUACGUACCGAUAAGUAGUUUUUUUGUUUUGGCUGAAGAGAAGGAAUCAAUGCAUUAUUUUUAUUAGUAAAGACACCAAGACACCAAGGAAUAGCCUUGGAGAAAUGCAUCAAACUCUUUCUCUAAUGGCAUUGUCAAUAUUCAGAUUUUCUUUCUAUUGUUCCUCUUCUCUCUAUAUUCUGAUCUCUCAACUCUCUCUAAUUUUUCGUCAACCUGUCUGCCU